CUCCUGAUCUGAGUUCCUCAAUGCACCAGGUACUGGUGUCGGAUGGUGGUCCUAGUCCAAGGCAGAGUACAGUGUGGGUGAUGGUUCAAGUCCUGGAUGAAAACGACAACAAGCCCAUAUUUCCUGAGAAGGUCUACCAGGUCAAACUUCCAGAGAGAGAGCGGAGAAAGAAGGGCGAGCCCAUCUAUCGGGUGUUCGCCUAUGACCGUGACGAAGGGCCCAACAGCGAGCUCUCCUACAGCAUCGUGGACGGAAACGAAGAGGGGAAGUUCUUCAUCGACCCCAAAACGGCAGUUGUAUCUUCACGCAAGGCCUUCAAUGCAGGGAGCUACGACAUUCUGACUAUCAAAGCGACAGACAACGGGCGUCCUCAGAAAUCCUCCACAGCUCGCCUGCACAUUGAGUGGAUUCGUCGACCUCCUCCCUCAACUGUCCCAGUACUCUUUGAUGAGCCAUUCUACAAUUUCACCAUAAUGGAGAAUGACAAGGUGGCAGAGAUAGUGGGUUUGGUGACCCUGCAGCAGAGCUCCGCCCCAUUAUGGUUUGACAUUACAGGUCCCAGGUCUUUCCGUGAGAUGUUCUAUAUACUGCAGAGUUCUUGUGGCAGGAACUGUUCCUCGGAAGGUGGGAACAGCGACAGCACGUUUGACGUCGAAAAGGCCGUCGGCACCAUCGUCAUCGCCAAGCUUCUGGAUGCCGAGCAGCGCUGCUUCUACAACCUGACAGUGCAGGCUACCGAUGGAACUAACACUGCAUACACACAGGUUCACAUCACUGUUAUGGACAACAAUGACAACGCUCCCAUCUUCUCUCAACCAACCUAUGAUGUCACUAUAUCUGAAGACACGCUACCUGACACUGAGGUGGUCCAGGUUCUGGCAUCAGACCGCGAUGAGCAUCACUUGCUGACUUAUUCUCUGCAAAGCUCAAUAGACCCAAGAAGCAUGCGUCUGUUCCACAUCCACUCCACCUUGGGCACCAUUUACACUGCACAGAGACUGGACCACGAGGCCUGUGCUCAGCACAUCCUCACUGUCAUUGUGAAGGACCAAGAGUUCCCAUAUAGAAAGAACCUGGCUCGUGUGCUCAUAGAAGUGGAGGAUAUAAAUGACCAUGUACCCAUCUUUACCCGUGCAUUGUAUGAAGGCUCAGUCUAUGAGUCAGCAGCAGUGGGAUCAGCCGUGGUCCAGGUGACUGCCUUGGACAAAGACAAAGGCGUGAACGCAGAGCUACAUUACUCCAUUGAAGCGGGAAACACUGGAAAUACAUUCCAUAUUGAACCAAUUUUGGGUAUCGUCACUGUUGCUCGUGAACUGGACUUGUCCAACAUAGGAUAUUAUGUUCUUACUGUGAGAGUCACUGACAAUGGCUCCCCUCCUCUGUCCACCACCACUACAGUGCGCAUUGCCGUCACCCUCUCCGACAAUGCAGGCCCAAAGUUCCCUCAGCCCGAAUACCAGGCUGAAAUCACAGAGAAAGCUGUGAUUGGGACCUCUGUUACCACAGUCAGUGCAGCCAGCCAGUCCACCCUUACUUAUGAUAUCAAGCAGGGCAACACAGAUCGAGUUUUCCAGUUAAAUCAGUACAGUGGAGCGAUCUCUACCCAAAAGCCUUUAGACUAUGAGUCUACAAGAUCUUACAUUUUGAUAGUCCAGGCAACCAACAUGGCUGGCAUGGCCUCUAAUGUUACUCUGAUGAUACAAGUAGUUGAUGAGAAUGAUAACCCACCAGUUUUUCAGCAGCUUCACUAUCAUGGCAGCAUCAGUGAGGCAUCACCCGUUAACAGCUUGGUCUUGAACUCAGAUGACUCACCUCUUGUUAUCAAGGCAACAGAUGCUGACCGCAACCAAAAUGCUCUCUUAGUCUACCAGAUUGUUGAGGAGACUGCAAAGAUAUUCUUCACAGUGGACUCAGGUACUGGAUCCAUCAGAACCAUUGCUAAUCUAGACCAUGAGACAUUUUCCAUUUUCCGCUUCCACGUUCAUGUGAGAGACAACGGUAAGCCACAGUUGACGGCAGAGAGUCCAACGGAGGUCACAAUACAAGUUAUUGACACAAAUGAUUCACCACCUCGCUUUACCCAGAAUGCCUAUGAAACAAUUCUGCUACUCCCCACCUAUUUUGGAGUCGAAGCUUUGCAGGUUUCAGCCAUGGACCCAGAUGAAGACGUACCCAUCGGGCUCACAUACUCUCUUACUGAUGGAGUAAUUCAGUACUUUGCCAUCGAACCUUCCAAUGGAGUUAUUACAGUCAAACACAACAACUUCUCCAAAGAACGUUUCCGCUUCAGUGUAAAAGUUUCAGAUGGGAAAUUUUCCAGCACAGCUCUGGUGACCAUUAUUGUCAGGAAAGCUCUGGACUCUGGUCUUAGCUUUACUAAUAGCCUUUACACAUCAUCUAUUCAAGAGAAUGUGUCAAAUAUCACAAAAGUGGCUGUGGUCAAUGCUGUGGGAAACCGUCUCAAUGAACCAUUGAAGUACACCUUGUUGAAUGCUGGCACAAGCUUCAAAAUCAGUCCAACUUCUGGUGUGAUUCAAACCACAGGUGUACCCUUUGACCGCGAAGAGCACGAGUUCUAUGAACUUGUUGUUGAAGCAAGAAGGGAGCAUGACCCUUUGCAUGUGGCCAGAGUUAUGGUUACAGUCCACGUUGAGGAUAUAAAUGAUAACGCCCCUGUGUUUGUUGGACUACCUUAUUAUGCAGCUGUUCAGGUAGAUGCUGAGCCAAGAUCACCAAUUUUCAGAGUCAUGGCAGUAGACUCUGACAAAGGGAUUAAUGGAGAGGUAUCUUACUAUCUCAAGGAUGACCAUGGCCAUUUUGAGAUCAACCAGCAGACAGGUAGUCUUAGCCUUAAAAAGGCCUUUGAGUCUGACUUGUCAAACAUGGAAUACCAGAUGGAGAUAUAUGCCAGAGAUGGUGGUUAUCCACCUAUUUCAUCUAGUAUAAAAUUCCCCAUUACGGUAGUCAACAAAGCCAUGCCUGUCUUUGACAAAUCAUUUUAUUCAGUCUCUGUGAAUGAGGAUGUGGCUGUGCACACGCCAAUCCUUGGCAUCAAUGCCACUAGCCCUGAAGGUCAAAACAUUAUCUAUACUAUAGUUGAUGGAGACCCAUCUCUUCAGUUUGAUAUUGGUUUUGAUACAGGAGUUAUAAGUGUCAUCCACUCCUUGGACUAUGAAGCAGCAGCAUUUUACCACCUGACUAUCAGAGCCACAGACUAUUUGACUGGUGCCCGUGCUGAGGUUGAUGUAGAAGUGGUAAUCCAGGAUGUAAAUGAUAACCAACCAAUAUUCCAGAAAAUGUCAUACAGGGUAGUUUUGUCUGAAACAGUCAUGAUUGGAACUCCAGCACUUCAAGUUAUUGCCACCGACAAAGACUCACAAAAGAACAAUGUUGUCCACUACCAGAUCUUCUCAGAUGGGCAUAACAGCACAGACUACUUCCACAUAGAUAGUAGCAGUGGGUUAAUCUUGAGCGCACGAAUGCUAGACCAUGAACUUGUCGAAAAGUAUGACUUCAUUGUUAGGGCAACUGAUAAUGGCUUCCCACCAAUGAGUAGUGAAGUAUCAGUUAUUAUUGUAGUGAAUGACAUGAACGAUAAUCCACCAGUUUUCAAUCAGCUGCUGUAUGAGGCAUAUGUUAAUGAGUUAGCACCAAAGGGUCACUUUGUUACAUGUGUCCAGGCCUCAGAUGCUGAUAGCUCAGAUUUUGAAAAGUUGGAAUACAGCAUCUUGUCAGGAAAUGAAAGAAUUCACUUUUUAAUGGACAAUAAUACAGGAAUCCUCGUUGUGUCCAGCCACUAUAAGCAAAGAAUGGAUCUUGUCUACAGCCUCAACGUUUCAGUGUCUGAUGGGGUGUUUACCAGCACUGCACAGGUUCACAUUAAGGUGUUGGGGGCCAACUUGUAUAGUCCAGUGUUUGGACAAAAUAUGUAUGAGGCUGAGUUAAAAGAGAAUGCUGCUGUGGGAACCAAAGUUAUACAAGUAAAGGCAACAGAUGCAGACCCUUGGUUGGAUCACAUCAUUUAUUCCUUUGUUAAUGAUGUGGGCAAGGACCAAUUUAGCAUCGAUGAAAAUGGACAGAUCACCACAGCAGAAAAGCUUGAUCGUGAGGACCCAGCCAAUAAGGACAUUGUUCUAAUUGUGGCAGCCCAGGACCCUGGUGGACGUGUCUCUUACUGCACAGUACAAAUUAAUCUUUCAGAUGAAAAUGAUAACGUCCCUUGCUUCCGUGCGACAGAAUACAGAGCUUCAGUCAAAUCUGAUGUGUCCAAAGGUUUUUUGGUGACACAAAUUCAGGCUUAUGAUCCUGAUGAUGGGACCAAUGCCAAAGUGACAUAUUCACUUUACAGUGAGGCACAUGUCCCUGUGGUGGACAUCUUGGAGAUAGACCCAGACAACGGAUGGAUGGUGACUAAAGGCAGUUUCAGCCACUUAAGGAACUCCGUGUUAUCUUUUUUUGUAAAGGCUGUGGAUGGAGGACAUCCAGUCCGUCACUCUAUAGUGUCAGUCUAUAUCCAUGUACUUUCUCCAGAUGCCUUUAUUCCUUCCUUCAGCCAACAUCAAUACUUUUUUAGCAUGCCAGAGGACACCCCCAUAGGUUCAGUUAUAGGGACUGUUCGCCUUUCUACUUCUUCUGGAUAUACCUUGCUCCCUGCUUCUUUUGCCCUUGUCAAUGGAGAGACUGUAGAAAACAACCAAUAUGCGGUGUUUGUGAUGGAAAGGGAUACAGGUGUCAUCAAGGUUGAUAAGCUUUUGGACCAUGAGAUGGUAAAAGGAUACCAUUUGAAAGUGACUGCCACUGUACAACAGGCUAGGCUGGAUUAUGUGACUUCUGUCUAUGUUGAAGUCAAAGUGUUGGAUCUUAAUGACAACAAACCAGCGUUUGAGGCCGACUCCUAUGAGGCCACAGUAAUGGAGGGAAUGGCAAUUGGAACCAGAAUCAUUCAAGUACGAGCACAAGACAAAGACUCAGGGGCCAAUGGCCAGGUAACAUACAAUUUUGGGACAUUAAUCCAGUCAACCGGGGACUUAGACACAGUGGUUGACACCUUUGGCAUUGACAGCAACACAGGCUGGAUUUCUACACGAAAGGACUUGGACCAUGAGACCAAUCCAUCCUACAUAUUCUUGGUAGUGGCGUCAGACCUUGGGGAGACCCUUUCUCUUUCCGGCACCACAACUGUGACCAUAGCAGUGUCAGACAUCAAUGACAACCCCCCAAUGUUCCUGGAGCAAAGCUAUUUUGGUUCAGUUCAAGAAAGCAACCCGCCAGGCGAGGUGGUAGCUGUGCUCCACACCAAAGAUGAUGACAGCUCUGCUGUUAACCGUCAAGUCAGCUACCACAUCACUGGUGGGAACUAUCGUGGGGUGUUUGCGCUGGGACUAGUUCAGGGGGAAUGGAAGAUGUAUGUAAAACGGCAACUGGACAGGGAGGAACGCAACCUCUACAUUAUCAAUAUCACGGCCAGCGAUGGACUUUUUGUCUCCCAGGCAACGGUGGAGGUGACAGUAAUAGACACGAAUGACAACAGCCCCAUAUGUGAUCAGGCUGUGUACACUGCUUCUGUUGCAGAGAACCUCCCAGUAAACAGUGUGCUGCUAAAAAUUGGAGCUACAGAUGCGGAUAUAGGCGUUAGUGCCUGGAUCCAGUAUUCCUUACAUGGUCCUGGAUCUUUGGACUUCAACAUUGACCCGGACACUGGUGAGGUCAAGUCAUCUAUAAUUCUUGACCAUGAGAUGACACCCUCCUACUGGCUCAUUGCCCAGGCAACUGAUGGUGGUGGACGAUGGUGCCGGGCUGAGGUGCAACUCGCAGUAACUGAUAUUAAUGACAACCCACCCAUCUUCACCCUGUCAGAGUACACUGCCAGUGUAUACGAAGACACCGCUACAAAGGCCCUGCUCACCCGCAUUCAGGCCAUUGACCCAGAUGAAGCAGGUACGGGCCGUAUGGUGGUCUACUCCCUUGCCGACUCUGCAGAAGGCUCCUUCUCGAUUGAUAAGUCCUCAGGCAUCGUGGUCCUGGAACGCAUCCUUGACCGUGAGGUCCAGCCGGCUUAUCAAAUAACAGUCCAUGCGUCUGACCAGGGUUCACCGCUGCCCCUAUCCUCAUCUGUUAACGUCACUAUCACUGUGCUGGAUAUCAAUGACAACCCACCUGUGUUUGAGCGCCGUGAUCAGCUAGCAACAGUGCCGGAGGACAUGGGAGUGGAGACUGAGGUCCUGAGAAUUUAUGCUGCCAGUAAGGACAUCGGGACCAAUGCUGAAAUUACUUACAGUAUCCGAUCAGGAAAUGAGCAUGGGAAGUUCCACAUCGACCCACUGACCGGUGCCAUUUUAAUUGCCAAGCCCCUGGACUAUGAGACCUGUAGAGAAUACUUUCUGACAGUCGAGGCAUGUGAUGGUGGCACACCACCACUGAGUGCCAUUACGACAGUGAACAUAAAUCUGACAGAUGUUAAUGACAACGCCCCAAUGUUCAGCCGUGACAUCUACGCUGCAGUUGUGUCAGAGGAUGCUGCUACUGGAGAUUCUGUAAUCCAGCUGAUAGCAGAAGACCUUGACAGUCCACUGAAUGGAGCCAUCCUCUACUCUCUUGUCAGUGGAGACCAAGACAGCCAGUUCCUUAUUGAUUCCCUUCGUGGGGUCAUCAAGGUCAACAAGCCACUGGACCGUGAGACAGUUCCCAGUUACUCAUUGGCCAUCAGAGCUCUGGACAGUGGAAUACCACCUAUGUCUUCCACCGUGAUGGUCAACAUAGACGUCUCUGACAUCAAUGACAACCCCCCUACCUUCUCUUCAGGCAACCUAACUACUGUCAUACAGGAAAACAAGCCUAUUGGCACCAGCAUUUUCCAGCUGUCUGUCAACGAUCAAGACUCAUCAUGCAAUGGCGAGCCCUUUGACUUCCGCAUCCUGUCAGGAAAUGAAGGCGGAGAGUUUGUGCUCGAGAAAGAUGGAACGCUGGUGGCCAAUCAAGUGUUCAGGAGGGACCUGGCAACUGAAUAUGCUAUUAUAAUCCAGGCAACAGACUCAGGGAAGCCUCGUUUGUCUUCCAUCUCAGUGCUAACAGUUAGGGUGAUUGAGGAGAGCCUUCACCGGCCCGUGGCCUUACCCCUCCAGGUUCAUAUCGUCACUAUGGAGGAUGAGUUUCCAGGCGGUGUGAUUGGCCAGCUGCACGCCAAUGAUGCUGACCCCUACGACGUCCUGACCUUUGGCCACGCGCCCAUGGCCCAGCGCAGUCUCUUUAAGAUCAGUCCUCGUGAUGGUAAGAUCAUCGCACUGGGCGGGUUGGACGCAGGCAGGUACUCCCUCAAUGCAAGCGUUAGUGAUGGACGCUUCGCCGUACCAGUACCAGUGAGCGUGCAUGUGGAGCAAGUGACACCGGAGAUGCUGCGUGAGGCGGUGACUAUACGCUUUGAGAGCGUGGCACCACAAGACUUUGUGGCGCUGCACCUGAAGAGCAUGUUGAAGGUUUUGCAAAAGGCUGCUUCAUCACAGCAGAGGGACAAGCUGCACCUGCUCAGUCUGCAGCCAGUGGGCGGAACGCAACAACUGGAUAUGCUCGUUGCCGUGGAAACAGCAGUGGGUGGGUACUACAAGACUGCUUAUCUCACUCAGAAACUCAGUGCAUCACGCCGGCAGCUAGAGGAGGUCCUCAGAGUGUCAGCUAUCCUAGAUAAGAACUGCUCGGGGCUGGAGUGUCGCGGGGCACAGUGUGAACAGAGCAUCCUUCUAGACUCUCACAGCCUGGCUACAUACAGCACACCAAAGGUCAGCUUUGUUUCACCACGUUUCCACCGGACCUCGCACUGCACCUGCAAUGAUGCCAACUGUGCUGUCCUGUCAGAACAGUGUGAGGGCCAGCCAUGUCCAACAGACAUGCAAUGUGUUUCAAUUCAGGCCACUAGAGGGCACUAUGCAUGCCAGUGUCCAACAGGAAAACUCGGAGAAUGUGCAGGUCAUUCGUCUCUGAGUUUUUCCGGAAACAGCUAUAUCAAGUACAGACUGUCUGAAUGGCUGCAGGAGGAAUUGAAAGUCAGCCUUAGGAUCCGAACACUGCAAAGCAGAGGAAUAAUUAUGUACACACAAACUGAGCCCUGCCUUGUGCUCAAGCUGGAGGACGGAAAGCUGUGGUUCCAGCUAGCCUGUGGCCUUGGCAGUGGUGGUGGUGACAAUCCCGACAUGUUGGGCAUCUCUGGUCAUCAUAUCAAUGAUGGAAACUGGCACACGGUGGCACUCGAGCUAAAUCGCAACUUCAGCAGUGUGGCGCUGGAUGACAGCUACGUUGAGCGACGCCGUGCAGCACAAUUCACACAACCACUUGCUCCAGACAGAACCAUCUACUUUGGAGCACUGGUGCAGCACCCCAACUCUCGCAGCCUCCGAGACUCACAGAAAGACCCACAGGUGCUUGAGGGUUUCCAGGGCUGCCUAGACUCAGUCGCGCUGAACAACAAUGAGUUGCCGCUGCAGAACAAACGGUCGCGCUAUGCAGAAGUGGUGGGACUGACGGAUCUGAAGCUGGGCUGUAUCCUUUAUCCCGACGCCUGCCUUCAGCAGCCCUGUCGCAAUGCAGCCACCUGCACGAGCCUGCCUUCUGGGGGGUUCUCAUGCAGCUGUAAGCCACAGUACACCGGAGGGCGCUGUGAGAUGGAAAUAACGGCUUGUAUUCCCAACCCAUGUCAGAACAGUGGUGCAUGUAGGCCAAUUGGCAACGCCUUCCUCUGUAGCUGCAGGAGGGGCUUCAAGGGUCUGAUCUGUGAGGAAGAUGUGAACGAAUGUGACCAAGGCAAUUCAGACGGCGAGUGUGACAAUAGUGGCGUCUGCGUCAACACUUAUGGUUCCUUCUACUGUAACUGCACGGCGGGCUUUGUAGGCCAACGCUGCGGACUGCGACCUGUUGUCGUCCCGGACAUGCAGGCCGGUCACACUGUGGUUGGUAAAGAGGAGCUGAUCGGAAUCGCUGUUGUGCUUUUGGUCAUCAUCACCCUCAUCAUCCUCUUCAUCGCAUUCCGUAAGAAGGUUUUCCAAAAGAACUACUCUCGCAACAACCUGUCUCUGGUCCAGGACCCAGCCACUGCAGCGCUCCUCAACAAGGCCAACGGCAUUAAGUUUAAGACCCUACACUGCACACCAGGUGACCCUCUCAACCUGUACACCGAGCCAGGGCAUGGGGCCAUUGUAGUGGGAGGCGGUGGGAUGAUGGGACCUCCACAGGUCCCUGUGAGGCCUAUGGCAUACACACCCUGUUUCCAAGGAGACCCGCGGUCCACGCUGGAGAAGUUGGUGGAUGGGCGUCGUCUGGAGCAUACCGAGAUGAGUACUUUUCACCCGGAGUCACCAAGGAUCUUGUCAGGAACCACAAGGAGGGGGGUAGUGGUGUGUAGCGUGGCCCCCAACCUGCCGCCAGUGUCACCUUGUCGCUCAGACUGUGACUCCGUGUGCAAGAGUCCAUGGGAUGCUGAGGGUGAGAUGGUUCACAUGGCAGAGGAAGUAACGUGUUUCUCUGGGAGCAACAAAAGCAGUAACUCUGAGGUCCAAUCACUGAGCUCAUUCCAGUCUGACGCUUGUGACGAUAAUGCCUCCAUAGUGACCGUCAUUCGACUGGUCAAUGAUGCAGUCGACACAAUCGAAAGUGAAGUGUCUGUUAUGGACUACGGUCAAACCAACAACAGAGCAUAUCACUGGGACACAUCAGACUGGAUGCCAAGCACCAGGCUGUCGGACAUUGAAGAGGUGCCAGGCUACGAGGCAGGUCCCGGCAUAGAUGUCGCAGGCACAGCCCCCCGACUUGGAGGAAGCUCACGUGAACUAGAGUCAGAUUACUACCUGGGAGGCUAUGACAUUGACAGUGAUUACCCCCCUUCACAUGAAGAAGAGUUCUUGAGCCAAGACCAGCUGUCAUCUCCACUGCCCACAGGUGAGGACUAUGCUGAACUCUACAUGCCACUUCCCACCAACACACCCGCCUCCAAAGAAAGCACCGUGGGCUCUGGCAGCACCGGGCAUCAGCAUGCCCUGCCACACUUCCACCCCAGCCAAUACCUGCCUCCCCAUCAGCUCCCUGUUGGAGAGGCCCCCCACAGGGACUUCAGUUCUUCAAUAAAUGGUAUCACCCCAGGAAAUGGGGACACUGAUGUGCAACUGUCUGUUGGUGCAUCUUCAGCCUCUGACAUGUUUGCCCACUGCAGCCUGGAUGAUUCAAAACGUGGCAGUAACUUUGAUGGUAUGGAUGAGCUUUGUCGAGGCGUGACCAUCAUAACUGACUCACAACAGCAGACAGAGGUUUGAUUAACCAGCACAGUGAACCCUAUGAUCGUUGACGAGAAGGAGCCUGACAUUGGAGCAGAUGGAAGAAGAUAGACAAGUUUAUGUUAUCACAGGAAUGAGUGAUGUGUCUAGGAACAGUAAUGUAUUGCUAUCGUCUACAACGUUAGAUGUUAACAAUGGUCUUAAAAGCGUACAUUUUAAAACACAUUUCCCACAGUCCACACCAAACUCGAGGGACUGUUUUAGCAUGAUCAACGAACUCUCUUUGUGUUGUCAGUCCAGUCCCUUCUGUGAAGACAAAUGAAAAUAUCUUCCUGUACAAAAAGGCAGUAAUUUGUAAUGUGAAUAGAAUGGACUUAGAAAUGUGAAAAGAAAUACUAAUCCAAAAAAGAUUGAAAUGUAAAGAUACGGUAGUAAAAACAUUUGAACAAAGAGAAGGGACAAGCAAGUGAUGGUUUGCGUGGUGGUUUGGUUCCAUACUAAGCCCAAUGGACCACUUUUUUCAUAUGACAAAAAAAGGACACGAAUCCCCAUUUCCCUAUUGUUGUCCUUGGCUUUUUAAGCUUUGUAAUGCUCCAAGCCUCUACAGAUUUUGUAAAAUAUUAUGUAUACUGGUGAAUACGUAUGAAAUCUUCUUGCCACGUUUCUUAAAAGGCAACUAUUUGUUUUAAUGUGGAAUGCACUGGUUCCUUUCCCAUCAUGAAAUCAAUCAUAUUUCAUUAGCCCUGUUCAAUGUGUCAUUGACCUUCAUUUUUGUGUGUGGAACAUUUUAACUAUGAUACCCAAAAUGUUUUGAGGUGGUCAGGUGGCCAAUUAUCUAAAUAGGAUCAAAUUUAAGUGGAAGUUUAAUCCAAAUAAUAAGACUGUGGUCUUUUUUUUGUUACUAAAUUUGAUCAGCUUCUGUUAACAGCAGUGGUGGACAUUGAUCUAAACAUUGUGAACAUAGUGACCAAUGCCAUUAAUAAGACUUGAUCAGGAGAAAAUAUGUCUUCAGAUCACAGGAUAGUUUAUAGUUGGUGUAAUGUAAGUCUUAAACAUAUAUAUUAGCAUCCGUAAUUUUGUCUACCACUUUAGCAAAAUAAUUAACAAGCAGCGGCUUUCCACUUUUGAUUUCGUUUGCUGCCAUUGUUUCUGGUCUGGUAAAUAUGACACCAAUAUUCUGGAGAAAGCCAUGUGGUACAGACACACUUUUAGUUGUAUCCUGUUAUUUUCUAUAUACUGCAGACAAGUCUAACCCAAAUCCAGGUAACAAAUGGAAUCUGGCCUACAUGAGAGACUGCCAUUGUGACUGCUUCAGAUCACUGUUUAGUCCCUUUAUUAUACUAUUAUCUGCAGAUCCACUCAUGCAUAAACCUUAUAUUUUCUUUUCUUUAUAUUUUCUUUCCAUCUGAACUUCCUUUGAGUUUUAUUGAGCAUCAAUUCCUCCUCUGCAACUGACUGACUGAAUGCCAUUUCUAAUAAAGCCACAUUUAAAUCAAUAUUAAAUCCAAUAUUUACAUCCAACAAAAGGUUUUAUUUUCUUGUGUUUAAACAUUAUUUUGGUAGUAAAGGAAUCUUUUUGUACAUUUCUUCUCAAAAUUAUGUCCCUAUCUGCAGAAGUGGGUUAUGUUUUUACAGUUGUUUUCCCAAUCAGUGCAGAAAAUUAAAAGGUUCUUAUGCACAA